CGCGCAUGAGGCCACGUGCCAGACUGCCUGCUCCGGGCGCGCGGCCGCUCUGCGCCCCUCCAUAAAUAGACGGCCGAGCACGAGCGCGGCAGAAGUGACAACAAACAAGGUUUGCUGUAAAACUCCACUAAAGUUGCGGUCUGGAAAUGGAGCGGGGGGAGACCGGAAAGCCGAGGAGGACGCAGAGGAGGCGCCGCCUGGUCCUGCUGCUGGUCGCGGCUCUGCUGCUCGUAGUGAUCGUGGCCGUGGCGGUCGGCGUCUCUCUCCGACAGCAGCCGCACCAGGAAGAGUUUAAAGACACGUUCAUCAACAGGUGUAAGGAAUUCAAAGGAGACAACUGUUCAGGAAUAUGGGAAGCGUUUCAGCAAGCUUAUGUAAACCGUGACCCCUGUGACGUUCCGGUGGAGGCCUACGACCCUCUGAUCGCUGCAGCACCCUUCAAACCCGAGUGCAACAGAAUGAUGUUCUGGAGCAAAACAAAAGACGUGGUCCACGAUUUUACCGAGAAGAAGGACUGCUUCGUCACGCUGGAGGACACCCUGCUGGGGGAGGUGCUGGACGGCCUCACCUGGUGCGGAAAGAAGGACAGCAGCGAGACCUUCACCAGCGGCUGCCCAGGAUGGUCCGACUGCGUCGACAACCCCGUCCGCUCAUUCUGGAACCGAGUCUCGGCCGCUUAUGCAGAUGUUGCCUGCGGCGACGUCACAGCAAUGCUGAGCGGAUCCAUCGAAACGCCGUUCAGCCCUGGCAGCAUUUUCAGGACCGUUGAAUUAAAACGGUUUGAUUCCAGCAGAGUAAAUACCCUGACUGUUGUCCUGGUCACACAGGAGGAGAAAGUGGCAAACUGUACAAAUGAUUCUUUAAAGGACCUCCAGAUGGAACUACAAAAGGGAAUUCGGUAUAACUGCAAAGAAGUGCCUGAAUCUCAGAUCAGUGCAUGCAGCUCUGACCCCACUGCCUCCUGUGGGUCCUGCUGGUGACGGCAUCAUGUAUGAGUCUUUUGUUUCUAUCUUUGUCAAUGAAGUUCUGAUAUUUUUGUACCAGUGGUCCACUGUAAAUUAGUAAGAAAUACGUCUUUUCCACUUUUUUUUUUUUUUUUUUAAUGAAUGUGCCUGAUGCAUUUUUCCAACACUUACCAGGUGCCUUUGGAUUUUGUACAGUGUGAUGGGAAAAGUAGUGAAUCCAUAAGAGUGUUGAUGAAUAUUUUACGAGGAAAAUUGAAGCCGCAGCUAUCUUUAUUCAUCUGACAAUCGCAGUUGUACUUGUCAGAUUUUAGCAUAUUUUUAAAUCAAAUGUGAACACAUGAGGUGGCGAUGUUGCCUCUUUCUCUCUCCACACCAACAUACUGAGCACAGCGCGGGGGUGAGGAGCGAGUCUGAUGAUGGACGUGCAGAGGAAGUGGGUUACAGCUGCUGCUUGAAGUGUUAGGAAGUGUGUGUGAAAUCGGAAAUGUCCCCAGGCCCGGGGAGCAGGACUACGUUUUCUAUCCAAGCUGAUUCACAGCGAACGACUCCACAGUGCGCCCACGUGACGGCACAAAAACUUCACCCAACGGGUUUUUAAGUAACUUCAUUUAGCAGUGGCUUUAGUGCCAUGAACAUGUUUACAUUUCAUAUAUUUUAAUAUUUUAAUGUUCACACAUUUAUUAAUGGAAAGGCUUAAUGCAGCUCUGCUCUGUGGAGGAUUCUGUGUAGUUUAUGCAUAUUUAAAUUUGGAAAUUACAUUUUUAGCUGCAAUUUCUCAAUUUUAUAAGUUUAGAUUGGUUAAUUAAUAAUGAUAAAAAUCGCCUCCUGUAAAUACUGCUGCUGCUGAUACAACACUGUUUCCAUCAAAAGCUGAACGAGCCAGUUUAUACAUGGUUUGUGAUGUAAAGAUAAUUAUUAUCAUUACAACCUGAGAUCUGAUCCAUGGAAACAUCUGAUUUAAGAACACUUUGUUUUUUUUCUGCGUUUCUGUUAAAGUAAAAUGUUUCUUGAAUGAAAUGCACUGAGAAAGUGACAAACCUUGUCUUUAUUUAUAUGUUUGUUAUUAAAGGAAUCCA